AAAUUUGCGUACAUUUCCCGCAGAAAACGAGCCAUUCGAUAUGUCCGUACUGGACUGGGAUCUCGAGGCCAACAUGACGCUUCCGUUCUCCUCCUGGGAUCGAACAAAGUGGGUCCUUUCGGUCAGCAACGACGGUAUGCCAUUGCUCGUCGAUCGAGCACAGGAGAUCAAGAAACUCCAGGAUGAUCGAUCCUUUGACGCGCUGAAGGAGGUGGAGUUUCUGUUCUUCUCGCGAGCCAACGGUGGGAAGCCGGUCAAGCUGACCUUCGAUCGUACCGAGAUGCUGCCAAGCUACGGCUUCAAGAAGGACUUGCCGACGAAGAUUUUAGUCCACGGCUGGGUAGGGGACAGUGAGUCCGAGGUGAUUGGUCCGUUGGCCCAAGAGUACCUGAAGAAGGGCGACGUCAACGUUAUCGGAGUGAUCUGGACCAAAGGUGCCAGAACAAUUUACGGGUUUGCGCGGAAACGAGUUGGGGCCGUCGGUGAUUUAGUGGCCAAACUGGUCGGCAGAUUGCUGGAUCUUGGACAAGUCGUCGACCAGAUCGGCAUGAUUGGACACAGCUUGGGAGCGCAUGUUGUCGGCCUAGCUGGGAAGAAAACCCCCCAGAAGGUGGCUUAUAUCGUUGGACUGGACCCUGCACAGCCUUAUUUUUUGGUGUCCAAACCUCAAGGACGGCUGGCCGAUACCGAUGCUCAGUAUGUGGAGGUGCUUCACACAAAUGGCGACUGGCUUGCCUUCUUCACCAACAUCGGGACGGCGGAUUUUUAUCCAAAUGGUGGCAAAAAACAACCAGGUUGCGGCCGUCUUUUCUACAGGAGAUGUAGCCACAAAAGAGCCGUAACCAUCUUCAAGGAGUCCCUCAUGGCGAAGGGAUACUACGCGAAUCGAUGCCCAAGCCUGGAUAAACUGAACCACAAGUGUAACUUGGGGCGAGUAGAGUUCGGCGAGGUUGACGUUCAUCCGUUGAUGAAAAAGCCUCGUGGAGUGUACUACUUUGAGACGAACGCAAAUCCACCAUUCUUGAAAGCUUCUCGGGAGGUCCUACAAGAUACACCACAAGAAGCUACUUCGGAACAAGAAGCACCAUAG